UCCCUUCAACUUUCCUCUUCUCUUCUCUACGGUUUCGUCCUGUAUCUUCUGCCUUCCGGUAUCUGAAUCACCAUCAAACUUUUCAUUUCUAGGUUUUCUCAGAAGGAGAGACGAACAGCUAAGAGGCUGACGUUGCUAUGGAUUGGGGAAACGUUACGGCAGAGGAUCUGAUUGACGCGCUACGCGAAGUGGACUGGUCAUCGCCACCGCGCCCUCUCUCGGAGUUCUUCUCCAGAUUCACAGUCCCCAGAUCCUACGCCAAAUGGAACAGCCGUCUCAAAUGCAAUCUUUACUACUACCGGACUAACUACUUCAUUAUGAUCAUUUUCAUUCUUGGAUUGGGUUUUCUUAAAAGGCCCCUUGCUAUUGUCGCUGCUUUUUUAACAGCACUGAGCAUUGCUUUUCUGAAUGAUAGCUUCGCAGGUACUUUUAGUGAGAAGGUGACAAGAACUGUGAGGCAAUUCUCUCCACAUUUAGCAGCAAAGAUGAGACCUCCUUUGACCCCUGUCAUUCGUGGACGUGCGUCAGCCAAAAGAGCAAUUCACAUAUGUGGCCGACCUCGCUGGGUGUUUGUCUUGAUGUUCUCCUCUGUAAGUUUCAUCCUUUGGUAUGUUUCUUGUGGUGUCUUGAUUCUUUCGUGGGCCCUUGCAAUUGGACUUCUUGCCACCAUCCUCCAUGCUAGCUUGAGGACUCCUAAUUUAAAAGCACGUCUGAACACAUUCCGGGAGGAAUUUCGAGCAGUUUGGCGCAACUAUAGUGAACUAUAGGGUGCACGGAGUUUCUUUGAGGGAUUGUUUUGUUGAUUAUGAAUCUCGUACAGCUUGUUACUUAAAGAUCUUGCAUAGAAUAAUUCAUGUGGCUGGCCAGAAUUUGCAGGCAAGGUCUGGCAACCCUUGCAUAUUGCUAACAGCAUGUAAAUCUUCAAGACCUCUUGUUUCUGCAAAGUUAUCUCCUUAUGUGCUUUGUAUUGUAAGAAUCAGAAAAUCUUCUAGGAGGAUUGUUAACCCCACCUUCAUUGCAAAAAAACCUAUCGAAUCUCCCUUCUCUUCUGCUGAUAAAGAAAGAAAAACUUGGCAGACUAUAUGUUGUAGCUGAAACAAAUGUUUAGAUUUACGAGUUACUAAUACCAUGUGAUCAUGUCGAUAUAUUUCAGUCUAUUGCUAUUUGAAGUAAGGUCUAUAUUCCUCUUGUUCCCGAAAA